AUGACAUGUAUAAGAACACCACGAUUUUCACUUAUGCUCAAUGGGUCGCUGCAUGGCUAUUUUGAAGCCAAACGAGGGUUGAGACAAGGGGACCCGAUGUCACCUCUUAUUUUUGUGCUGGGAAUGGAGUACCUCACUAGGAUAAUGCAAAAAGUUGGCCAGAAAUCUGAUUUUAUAUUUCAUAACAGGUGCAAAGAGCUGAAGUUAAAUCAUCUCAUUUUCACAGAUGAUGUCUUACUGUUUUGCAAUGGUGAUUACAAGAGCAUCUGUUAUCUACUACAGGGGCUCACGCUAUUUUCGCAAACAUCAGGACUACAGCCUAAUGCUUCGAAGUUUGCAAUAUAUUGUAGUGGGAUGAAUACCAAUGAGGUCCAACGCAUUUUGGAAGCUUCAGGAUUUAGCAAAAGUGAUGUCCCGUUCAAUUAUUUAGGUGUCCCCAUCUGUGCUGAACGUAUCUCUACUAAGGAAUGUAGCUUGCUGGUGGAUAAAAUGACUAAUAGGAUCAGGUCUUGGAGUACAAGGAACAUCUCAUUUGCAGGUCGGGCAGUCUUGAUUAACUCUGUUCUCCUUUCAAUUCAUUCUUAUUGGCGUCAAAUUAUGCUGCUGCGCAAGAAGUUGAUUAAAGAGAUUAAGGCUAUCUGUCGAGCAUUCUUGUGGACUGGUCAACACAUGAUGGUUGGAGCAGGGCAAAUAGCUUGGGACAGCAUAUGUAAGCCUAAAGCAGCAGGAGGUAUAGGCUUCAAGAAUAUUUCUGAAUGGAACAAAGCAGCUUUGUUCAAGUAUGUAUGGGCUGUAGCAGCUAAAGAAGACAAUUUGUGGGUUAGAUGGGUGCACAGUGUGUACAUAAAAGAUGGAGAAUGGUGGGAUUACAUUGCCCCGGUACAUGGUAGCUGGUAUUGGAGGAAGGUUGUAGCAAUCAAAGACACAGUGAAAUCUCUUGCGGAUUUAGCUCUGUUUACUCAAGGAAGAUAUAAUAUUGCAGAGGGAUACAAACUUCUAUGUCCUGUACAUGAUCGGGUCAAUUGGAGCAAGGAAGUUUGGGGGAGAUUGAAUACCCCAAAGCAUAGUUUCACACUAUGGCUGGCUAUCCAAGACAGGUUGAAGACAAAAGCAAGAUUAUAUCGGUUUAAUGUUCUUCCUGAAGCUAGAUGUCAGUUUUGCACAGUGGAAGAUGAAACAACUACUCACCUAUUCUUUGAUUGUCCAUUUUCUAGUGAGUGUCUCCAACAGAUUAAGAGCUGGGUUCGCUGGGGGAUAUCUUCGUGCCAGCUACCUUACAUUAUGAGGAUGAUUGGAAGAAUGAAGGCAACAAGGUUCAGGAAAAUGGUUCUUUCAGCUAUUAUUGCUGCACUGGUGUAUCAUUUAUGGAGAGCCAGAAAUGAAAGACUUUGGCUAUCCUCCCUUGACAAUCCAAAAAGCAUUGUACAGAAGAUUAAAGCAGCUAGUAAGAUUAGAAUUCAAAGUGUAUGGCAAUAA